CCAAAGUACAGAACUAAAAGCCAAAGCAGAAUCUUGCAUGAAGCAUCUUCUAUAAUCCUGAACAUGUAUAAAACAUUAGUUGCAGAGUCAACUUUGAUAAAUUCUCUCAUUUCUCUACAUUUUCUACAUGGAGUUUCAAUUUCCCUCUGGAUCCUUGCCUACCCUCUUCACCAUCUUCCUCUUUAUCUUCAUGAUAUUGAAGAUAUGCAAGAGACACAGAACCAAGAAUUCCAAUUUAAAGCUACCUCCAGGGCCACGGAAACUUCCUAUAAUUGGAAAUAUGCACCAACUUGUUGGUUCUCUACCCCAUCACACUUUGAGAGACUUGGCUAAGAUCUAUGGACCCCUUAUGCACUUGCAAUUGGGUGAAGUUUCAGCUGUUGUGGUCUCUGCACCAGAAACUGCCAAGGAGAUUAUGAGAACUCAUGACAGCAUCUUUUCUUACAGGCCACUCCUCCUUGCUCCGGAUAUCAUCUCUUAUGGUGGUUCUGGCAUUGCUUUUGCACCUUAUGGAGAUUACUGGAGACAGAUGAGGAAAAUUUGCGGAUCCGUGCUGCUGAACUCGAAACGGGUAGACUCAUUCCAAUCAAUCAGGGAUGAAGAGGUAUCUGAUUUACUCAAAUUUAUUUCUUCAAACAUCGGAUUGCCUAUAAACCUUGGCGAGAAAAUUUUUUCCAUGACGUAUGGCAUUACUGCUAGAGUGGCCUUUGGUAACAAAUGCAAAGACCAGGUCCAAGAAGAGCUCAUAACAGCUGUCAGGGAAGGUGCAGAGGCAACUGGCGGUUUUGAGGUUGCAGAUGUAUUCCCUUCUACAAAAAUACUUCAAGUGAUCAGUGGGAAGAGGCCUAAACUUGAGAAGAUUCAUAGGAAAAUUGACAUGAUACUUGACAACAUUGUCAAAGAGCAUAAAGCCAGCAAGGAGGAAGCCGAGAAUACAGGCAAGGACAAAGCAAACGAUCUAUUAGGUGUCCUUUUGAAUCUGCAGGAGCAUGGUGAGCUUGAAGUUCCUUUAACAAUGAACAAUAUCAAAGCGGUUCUCCUGGACAUUUUCACAGCUGGGAGUGAAACAUCAUCAUCGACAGUGGAAUGGGCAAUGUCAGAAAUGCUGAAUACACCAAGAGUUAUGAAAAAGGCACAAGCAGAGGUUAGGCAGGUCUUUCGUACAAAAGGCAAUGUCGAGGAAACUGGUCUUCAGGAAUUGAAAUUCUUAAAGGCAGUUAUCAAAGAGACUUUGAGAGUACACCCUCCUAUUCCUUUGUUGCUUCCAAAAGAAUGUAGUGAAAGUUGUGAGAUUGAUGGAUAUGGGAUACCUGUUAAAACCAAAGUCAUUGUGAAUGCAUGGGCAAUUGGAAGAGAUUCUAAGUAUUGGACUGAAGCGGAAACAUUUUGUCCAGAGAGAUUCCUUGAUAGUUCAGUUGAUUUCAGGGGAACUAAUUUUGAAUUUAUCCCAUUUGGAGCAGGAAGGAGGAUAUGUCCGGGCAUAACAUUUGCUAUACCAAAUAUUGAGCUUCCUCUUGCACAACUGCUGUACCAUUUUGAUUGGAAACUCCCCAAUGGAAUGAAGCAAGAGGGUUUGGACAUGACCGAGACUUUCGGCGUCACAGUUAGAAAAAAGGAAGAACUACACUUGAUUCCUACUCCUUAUCAUCUGGAGCCAAAUGCUUAAGAACAUGGCAUCAGCAUAGAGGGCACGCUUCCAUUUACGCCAGAAACAGAAGUACCCAGCUCCUGCAGAUUUUUACUUCCUAAUGUAAUAAGUUCUAGAAUUUGAUCAUGGUUCACAUGUAUCCAAUGUUCUGAAUAUGGUUUAGUAGGCCAUUCAGAGCUCGUUCUGUUUAAAAUAUUGA